AGGAGAAAAGUCCAGCUGAAAGUUGGCGCAGCAGAUUUUAAUCGACGAAAGCGGUUCCGACAAAGGCGGGAAAGAUGUCGUCCUCCCAGAGGAGGCAGAUGCUGCAACCAUGGCCGGUCUGCUUAAUAUUCUCAAACUCGAAGGAGCGAAAUAUAUUGCCGAAGCAAUACACGAAGGUGCCAACGAUCGCGAGAUCGACGACAACCGAUUCCAACAUCGUUUACGACUGUGCCUCGAAUUCAACCCUAGCAACGAACGCGAGUCCGUUCAACAGUCAGCUUACUUUGUCGGUUGACAAGAGGGGGAAAAACCCCGGGGGUGGUAAUUACUACGCCGAUAAUUUACUGAGUAAUCAUAAGGGGCUAAAAAAGUCGGAGACAUACGAUCUUCCGGCGAAGGACUGCGGCAAGGACGAGGAGAGCGAGUACAAGCUUCAGCUCGAUCCGCUGCUCCAGUACCAUCAACACCAGAUACAAAGCGACACCGAAAAGAUGUUUCAUUCCCAGGAGUUUCAGGUCAAAAUGACCGCCGGUCCUCCCUUCAAGACCUAUUUUCAAGCUGAGGUUCCCACCAAGAGACACAGGCCACGAUACCUCGCUCAGGUAAUCGCAGCCCUUUCCGUAUCUCUGGGUUCGAUGGUCGUUGGUUUCUCAAGUUCCUACACAUCGCCGGCUUUACCAUCAAUGAAGAACGAAACUAUGCUAGAAGUGACAGAGCAAAUGGGUUCCUGGAUCGGUAGUGUUAUGCCUCUGAGUGCGCUUUUCGGUGGAAUCGCAGGCGGACCGAUGAUCGAGUACUUGGGCAGAAGAAACACGAUUCUUGCAACCGGAUUGCCGUUCACCGGAGCUUAUCUGCUAAUCGCCCUUGCGAUAAACGUUGAGAUGAUUCUGUGCGGUCGUAUUUUGGGCGGAUUUUGCGUCGGCAUAGCCUCGCUUGCGCUUCCCGUUUACCUCGGUGAAACUAUCCAGCCUGAAGUACGUGGCAGCCUUGGACUGAUGCCAACAGCUUUGGGAAAUAUCGGAAUCCUGCUGUGCUACGUCAGCGGUAUGUAUUUGGACUGGUCAGACCUGGCGAUAAUGGGCGCGCUGCUUCCGGUUCCGUUCACGAUCCUGAUGUUCGUCAUACCGGAAACACCCCGUUGGCACAUCGCCAGGGGCGACAAGGAAAAAGCGCGUAAAUCGCUGCAAUGGCUCAGGGGAAAGAAGACAGAUGUUUCCGAGGAAUUGGGCGCCAUUGAGAAGGCCCACGCCGAGAGUGAGAGAAACGCUUCGAGAGGCGCGUUCAGGGAGUUGUUCAAGAGGUCCUACACCAAGCCGCUACUUAUUUCCCUUGGACUUAUGGCGUUUCAACAGUUGUCCGGUAUCAACGCCGUCAUUUUCUACACCGUGUCGAUAUUCGAGGAUGCCGGAAGUACGAUCGACGAGAACGUCUGCACGAUAAUCGUCGGUGUAGUGAAUUUCCUGUCAACAUUCAUGGCAACUGUGCUGAUCGACCGACUGGGAAGAAAGAUCCUGUUAUACAUAAGCAGCAUAUCGAUGAUGGUGACGCUUUUCACCCUUGGAACGUUCUUCUACGUGAGAUAUCUCAAGAUCAACGUGGAGGCAUUCGGCUGGAUACCCUUGACAAGUUUCGUGGUAUACGUGAUCGGAUUCUCGCUUGGAUUCGGCCCGAUCCCAUGGCUAAUGAUGGGCGAAAUAUUGCCAGCAAAGAUCCGCGGAUCGGCCGCAAGUGUCAUAACGGCGUUCAACUGGGCCUGCACAUUUAUAGUGACAAAAACCUUCAAGGACAUAAUAUUCCUGAUCGGUGCGUACGGCACCUUCUGGUUAUUCGGUGUGAUAACGCUGAUAGGUUUGAUAUUCGUAUUCGUAUUCGUGCCGGAAACGCGUGGAAGAUCAUUAGAGGAGAUUGAAAUGAGGCUUACCGGUCCUGUGAGAAGAAUGAGCGCGGUUGCGAACAUAAAACCAUUGCCGACAGCUUGCUAACGAAAUUACAUAACUUCUUUUUCGCAAUCGGCCGAUUCGACCUGCACGCCAUUUUACUUCAAAUUAUCAUUUAUAUUUUAAAUACAAAUUCAUUUUCUCAUCAAUGCACGAUAAUAUUCAAGAACACACAUUAUAAAAUAAGUCCAAAGAAUUUACGAAGUAUAUUAUAUUAUACACAAUGGCAUUUCAAUAUAGGUAUUCGUUUAAAACCAUCGUUUCACAGACAAUACAGAUACCAAUGUAUACGCAAUAUUAUUAUACGCCAAGAAUGGAAAAACGAAGUUGAAAGAACAAACGGCGAGAUAGAGAAACAGAGAGAGAGAGAGAGAGAGAGAGAGAGAGAGAGAGAGAGAGAGAGACGCAUUAUUUUGUGACGCAUCUUUGUGAAAGUAAAACAAAAAAAGACAAGAACGAAACAAAAAACAAAACAAAUGUUCCUCAAAUUUACGAAGCGUGCUAUAUAUAAUAUUUUUACCCGUAUGUUAUAAUAAUAAUAAUAAUAAUAAUAAUAAUAUAGUGUGCAUGUGUGCGUACGUUGUAAUUAUAUGCGUAUAAGAAUUAGUGUACAAAUAUACAAUAUGUAUAUAUGUAUAAUAGCUGAACAGUGUGAAUAUACAUUAUAUACAUAUAUUUUUUUUUUUCAUUUCCUUUUAUCUUAUAGACUCGGUGUUGCUGAUAUAGAUUCAUGCUGAUGAAUGAUGAUAAAAAAUGGAAAAAAGAAAGAAAGAAAGAAAGAAAGAAAUUGAAAAGAACCGAAAGUGCAAAGAGGGAUUAUAUAUAUGUAAAACUAUAACGCAUUUAUUUUCGUUGAAAUUAUUCUCUUCUUCGAAUCAACUUUACGAUGUUACACAUAAAAAAUUAAUGAGAGUACAAAACGCCGAGUAAAAUACGUAUACAAUGUAUGUAAUAUAUACAAUAUACGUUUUUAGGACUGAAAAGAAAUGGAAAAGACCGGAGUAUGAGAAAAGUAAAGUAAUGAAGUUA